AUGCCUAUGCCAACAGUAACUACUCAAUCUCCAACAGAAUCUGACUCUGACUCUGAAACAACCACAGCACCCGACUCUUCAGAAGAAACUACCAGUUCUUCUGAUUCCACAACUAGCUCUGAAAGUGAAACGACCACAGCAGCCCCAGACUCUUCAGAAGGAACAACCAGCUCUGGAAGUGAAACAACCACAGCAGCCCCGGACUCUUCUGAAGAAACUACCAGCUCUUCUGAUUCUACAACUAGCUCUGGAAGUGAAACAACCACAGCAGCACCUGACUCUUCUGAAGAAACUACCAGCUCUUCUGAUUCCACAACUAGCUCUGGAAGUGAAACAACCACAGCAGCACCUGACUCUUCAGAAGAAACAACCAGCUCUUCUGAUUCCACAACUAGCUCUGGAAGUGAAACAACCACAGCAGCACCUGACUCUUCUGAAGAAACUACCAGCUCUUCUGAUUCCACAACUAGCUCUGGAAGUGAAACAACCACAGCAGCACCUGACUCUUCAGAAGAAACAACCAGCUCUUCAGAUUCCACAACUAGCUCUGGAAGUGAAACAACCACAGCAGCACCUGACUCUUCUGAAGAAACAACCACAUCGUCUGAUUCCACAACUAGCUCUGGAAGUGAAACGACCACAGCAGCCCCUGAUUCUUCUGAAGAAACUACUAGUUCUUCUGAUUCCACAACUAGCUCUGGAAGUGAAACAACCACAGCAGCCCCAGACUCUUCUGAAGAAACUACCAGUUCUUCUGAUUCCACAACUAGCUCAGGAAGUGAAACAACCACAGCAGCCCCUGACUCUUCAGAAGAAACAACCAGCUCUUCUGAUUCCACAACUAGCUCUGGAAGUGAAACAACCACAGCAGCCCCUGACUCUUCAGAAGAAACAACCAGCUCUUCAGAUUCCACAACUAGCUCUGGAAGUGAAACAACCACAGCAGCCCCUGACUCUUCAGAAGAAACAACCAGCUCUUCUGAUUCCACAACUAGCUCUGGAAGUGAAACAACCACAGCAGCCCCUGACUCGUCAGAAGAAACAACCAGUUCUUCUGAUUCCACAACUAGCUCUGGAAGUGAAACAACCACAGCAGCCCCUGACUCUUCAGAAGAAACAACCAGCUCUUCUGAUUCCACAACUAGCUCUGGAAGUGAAACAACCACAGCAGCCCCUGACUCUUCAGAAGAAACAACCAGCUCUUCAGAUUCCACAACUAGCUCUGGAAGUGAAACAACCACAGCAGCCCCUGACUCUUCAGAAGAAACAACCAGCUCUUCAGAUUCCACAACUAGCUCUGGAAGUGAAACAACCACAGCAGCCCCUGACUCUUCAGAAGAAACAACCAGCUCUUCUGAUUCCACAACUAGCUCUGGAAGUGAAACAACCACAGCAGCCCCUGACUCUUCAGAAGAAACAACCAGCUCUUCUGAUUCCACAACUAGCUCUGGAGGUGAAACAACCACAGCAGCCCCAGACUCUUCUGAAGAAACUACCAGCUCUUCUGAUUCCACAACUAGCUCAGGAAGUGAAACAACCACAGCAGCCCCUGACUCUUCAGAAGAAACAACCAGCUCUUCUGAUUCCACAACUAGCUCUGGAAGUGAAACAACCACAGCAGCCCCUGACUCUUCAGAAGAAACAACCAGCUCUUCAGAUUCCACAACUAGCUCUGGAAGUGAAACAACCACAGCAGCCCCUGACUCUUCAGAAGAAACAACCAGCUCUUCAGAUUCCACAACUAGCUCUGGAAGUGAAACAACCACAGCAGCACCUGACUCUUCAGAGGAAACAACCAGUUCUUCUGAUUCCACAACUAGCUCUGGAAGUGAAACAACCACAGCAGCCCCCGACUCUUCGGAAGAAACAACCACAGCCUCUGACUCUGAAACAACCACAGCAGCCCCAGACUCUUCUGAAGAAACAACCACAGCCUCUGACUCUGAAACAACCACAGCAGCCCCCGACUCUUCGGAAGAAACAACCACAGCCUCUGAUUCUGAAACAACCACAGCAGCUCCCGACUCUUCUGAAGAAACAACCACAGCCUCUGACUCUGAAACAACCACAGCAGCCCCAGACUCUUCUGAAGAAACAACCACAGCCUCUGACUCUGAAACAACCACAGCAGCCCCCGACUCUUCGGAAGAAACAACCACAGCCUCUGACUCUGAAACAACCACAGCAGCCCCAGACUCUUCUGAAGAAACAACCACAGCCUCUGAUUCUGAAACAACCACAGCAGCCCCCGACUCUUCGGAAGAAACAACCACAGCCUCUGAUUCUGAAACAACCACAGCAGCUCCCGACUCUUCUGAAGAAACAACCACAGCCUCUGACUCUGAAACAACCACAGCAGCCCCCGACUCUUCGGAAGAAACAACCACAGCCUCUGACUCUGAAACAACCACAGCAGCCCCAGACUCUUCUGAAGAAACAACCACAGCCUCUGACUCUGAAACAACCACAGCAGCCCCCGACUCUUCGGAAGAAACAACCACAGCCUCUGACUCUGAAACAACCACAGCAGCCCCAGACUCUUCUGAAGAAACAACCACAGCCUCGGAUUCUGAAACAACCACAGCAGCCCCGACUCUUCGGAAGAAACAACCACAGCCUCUGACUCUGAAACAACCACAGCAGCCCCCGACUCUUCUGAAGAAACAACCACAGCCUCUGACUCUGAAACAACCACAGCCUCUGACUCUGAAACAACCACAGCCUCCGACUCUGAAACAACCACAGCCUCUGACUCUGAAACAACCACAGCAGCCCCCGACUCUUCUGAAGAAACAACCACAGCCUCCGACUCUGAAACAACCACAGCCUCUGACUCUGAAACAACCACAGCAGCACCUGACUCUUCAGAAGAAACAACCACAGCCUCUGACUCUGAAACAACCACAGCAGCACCUGACUCUUCUGAAGAAACAACCAGCUCUUCUGAUUCCACAACUAGCUCUGGAAGUGAAACAACCACAGCAGCCCCAGACUCUUCUGAAGAAACAACCAGCUCUUCUGAUUCCACAACUAGCUCUGGAAGUGAAACAACCACAGCACUCUGGAAGUGAAACAACCACAGCAGCACCUGACUCUUCAGAAGAAACAACCACAGCCUCUGACUCUGAAACAACCACAGCAGCACCUGACUCUUCUGAAGAAACAACCAGCUCUUCUGAUUCCACAACUAGCUCUGGAAGUGAAACAACCACAGCAGCACCUGACUCUUCAGAAGAAACAACCAGCUCUUCUGAUUCCACAACUAGCUCUGGAAGUGAAACAACCACAGCAGCACCUGACUCUUCAGAAGAAACAACCACAGCCUCUGACUCUGAAACAACCACAGCAGCACCUGACUCUUCAGAAGAAACAACCACAGCCUCUGACUCUGAAACAACCACAGCAGCCCCCGACUCUUCUGAAGAAACAACCACAGCCUCUGACUCUGAAACAACCACAGCAGCCCCCGACUCUUCUGAAGAAACAACCACAGCCUCUGACUCUGAAACAACCACAGCAGCCCCCGACUCUUCUGAAGAAACAACCACAGCCUCUGACUCUGAAACAACCACAGCAGCCCCCGACUCUUCAGAAGAAACAACCACAGCCUCUGACUCUGAAACAACCACAGCAGCCCCCGACUCUUCUGAAGAAACAACCACAGCCUCCGACUCUGAAACAACCACAGCCUCUGACUCUGAAACAACCACAGCAGCCCCCGACUCUUCUGAAGAAACAACCACAGCCUCUGGCUCUGAAACAUCCACAGCCUCUGAUUCUGAAACAACCACAGCCUCUGGCUCUGAAACAACCACAGCCUCUGAUUCUGAAACAACCACAGCCUCUGACUCUGAAACCACUACUAGCUCUGGAAGUGGAUCUAGUGCAUACACUACCACAGAGUUGCCUCAAAAUGAUGAUUCUGGACAUCCUACUUAUUCUGGUUGUAAGAAAUGUAGCACUCCUUAUCCAGAAUGCGCCUUCCAGAAGGACGACCCAUUGUGCAAGAGCGAAGGAUUCUUCAGACACGUCGGAUCCUGCCACAAAUAUUACCAAUGUGUGCGUAACGAAUGUGGCGUCUUGGUCAAGACUGCUGAUUACGAAUGUCCUCGUUGCUUGAGAUUCAAUCCCAGAACUGGUUAUUGCGACUACCCCGAAAAUGUUCCAGAGUGCAUGGACACUGCCCAACCGGACUUCCAGUGCCCUAGAGAAGGCGCUUUUGGAAUCACAGGCGAAUGCGACAAAUACUUCGCCUGUAACAAGUUGCGCAAUGGCACUUUACUCCUAACAGUUCAAAGAUGUCCAAAAGGCAGUGGAUUCAAUCCGUUAUUAGAGGCCUGUGACUACAACACAAAAUGCCUUCCAAAACCAGCACCCAAAUGUACCAAGGUUGGAUACAUGCCAGAUGAGCAACGUUGUGACAGGAAAUUUGGCCUUGAUGAUAACGCUGGUAUCAUCCGCAAAAAGAAUGAAAUCACAAAGAUUUGUACAAUGGGAUAUUACAAGUGCUUCGAAUCUUUGGACGUAGAUGAUGAAGGUAAACCAGUUUUGGAAGCUGUCGAAUUCAGCUGUCCAUGGGGCCAAGUUUUCGACCAGAAAUCUGAAACCUGUAUGGACCCUGCUAAAUGCCACAUUCCUGGAUGUGGUUGCAAAUCAUCACCUUACUAUAUGUAG